GUGAACCGUCACCAUCUCGUUAUCGAGCUCAACGCAACUAGACAGCAACCUUGCUUUCUGAAAACACAGUAAACUUUCCUUUGUCUCACAUUAAUAUGACCAAUGGAAUUGUAAACGGUACCGGGCUAGAGAACCAGUUCGCCUCUCUCGGUAUCAACGGACAGAAAUCCGCUUAUGUUCCUCCGCAUAUGAGGAACUCGCAGCGGGCUGCAUCCUCUCCCGUAGUUCCUACUAACGGGAACGGCUGGGCUGAAUCCCGCUCUUCCACUCCUUCGUCCCGCGGUGGUUAUGGUGGUGGUAGGGGUGGCCCUGUUGACAGAACUGUCAGCGGCACUUCUGGUGGGCGUGGAGGUGGAGGAAACUGGAAUGACCGUUCCACCAGCGGUUGGCAGGGAUCUCCCAGAGACAGCGGUCCUCGUGAAAACUCAGGAUUUGGUGCCUGGAAGGAUGGCGUCCACAUUGCAGGUUCUCGCAACACACGCAUGGAGAAGGAGCUAUUUGGAGAAAUCGGCGAUCCGUCUAAGCAGCACACGGGGAUCAACUUCGAGAAGUACGACGACAUCCCCGUCGAGGCUACAGGCGCAGGUGUCCCGGAUCCCGUGAAUGUUUUCACAAACCCGCCAUUAGACCCUGUUCUGCUUGAGAACAUCGGUUACGCUCAUUACACUACACCUACACCGGUGCAAAAGUACUCGAUACCUAUUGUAGCUCUUGGCAGAGACCUUAUGGCUUGUGCCCAGACCGGUUCUGGAAAGACAGGCGGUUUCUUAUUCCCUAUUCUCUCGGCAUCCUUCGCCAACGGUCCUCGUGCGCCUCCGGCGGAAGCCACGAACGCUGGGUACGGUCGCUCUCGCAAAGCAUAUCCCACGGCCCUCAUUCUUGCGCCCACGCGUGAGUUGGUCAGCCAAAUCCACGAAGAAGCUCGCAAGUUUUGCUAUCGUUCUUGGGUUCGCCCUGCGGUGGUUUAUGGUGGUGCCGACAUCAAUCAGCAGCUCCGCCUGAUUGAGCGAGGCUGUGAUCUGCUUAGUGCCACCCCUGGUCGUCUGGUUGAUCUUAUCGAACGUGGCCGCAUCAGCCUUGCCAACAUCCGUUACCUCGUCCUCGACGAGGCUGAUCGUAUGUUGGACAUGGGUUUCGAGCCCCAGAUCCGUCGCAUCGUACAGGGCGAGGACAUGCCCGGUGUCCAGGAUCGCCAGACUCUCAUGUUCAGCGCCACUUUCCCCCGCGACAUUCAGAUGCUUGCCAGGGAUUUCAUGAAGGACUACGUCUUCCUCUCCGUCGGGCGUGUCGGCUCGACUUCAGAGAACAUCACGCAGAAGGUCGAGUAUGUCGAAGAUGCCGACAAGCGUUCUGUUCUGUUGGAUGUCUUGUCCAUGCACCAGGGUGGCCAGGGUGGGCUCACCCUUGUCUUCGUCGAGACGAAGAGGAUGGCUGACAUGUUGUCGGACUUCCUUCUCACAAACAACCUCCCCGCCACUUCCAUUCAUGGUGAUCGCACCCAGCGCGAGCGCGAAAUGGCUCUGCAGACAUUCCGCACUGGCCGCACUCCUAUUAUGGUCGCUACUGCUGUUGCGGCCCGUGGUCUCGAUAUCCCGAACGUUACCCACGUCGUAAACUACGAUCUCCCCUCCGACAUUGACGACUACGUCCAUCGUAUCGGUCGUACUGGCCGUGCCGGUAAUGUCGGUAUCGCUACUGCAUUCUUCAACCGCGGCAACCGCAACAUCGUUCGUGAUCUCCUGGAGCUGCUCCGUGAGGCCAAUCAGGAAAUCCCGGCCUGGUUGGAGACUGUUGCGCACGAGAACUCCUUCGGCGGUGGUGGAGGACGCGGUCGUGGUGGUGGCGGUCGUGGCCGUGGUGGCGGUCGCCCGCCGGCCUCUCGUGACUUCAGGUCCGGAGGCGGAGGUGGAGGCGGAUAUGGCGGACGCGGUGGCGGAGCUGGCUACGGCGGUCCUCAGUAUGGUGGAGGCGGAGGUAGCUUUGGCGGCUACGGCGGUGGUGCCGGAGGCGGUGGCGGCGGCGGCAGCUGGUGGUAAAUCCCGAUGUGUUCCCGAUUCUCCGACGUUCCAGAAUAUGCAUUCCCGACAUCGCCUUUUCCUACCCUCCAUGCCCUUCAUGACCCAUAAUCGCCCUCUAUCGAAUUCGGCAAAAUGGCAAGACUCGUCUCCAUGGUCCCAUCGGUCUCGUUCGGUUUUUCCUUGGACUCUGGACUAUGCGCUGCUCUCACAUCAUUGCGGUUUUCGUCUCGUUGCAUUGCUGCUCAUCGUUUAUCGUACGGCCCUCCUAAUCGUCUUCUGUUUCAAUAGUCGGGCGCUUUCCGCCCCCUCCUGCAUACAGCAUCAUAUCCAUAGACGAGGGGCCAUCCUCCAAGCAUGAGCAGAUCCAUGUCGGUCUUCGUAUCGCGAUACCCUACUUAUUGCGGCGCGCAGGUCGUACAUUCUAUAGCUUAGCAUCACGAGACAAUCUGUUAGAGCAUCGCAUAUCUUGUAACGUAGUCAUAGUCUAGCAUCGUCUUAUCUACUCUUCUCCACUAA